UCUCAGUUCAUCAGGAGAUCCAAGAGUUCCUGAAGUCAGAGAACAAAUCAGAGAAGGAACUCUCUGAGAUCCACUGCUCAGCUCUGGCCUACAUGCUGCAGAUGUCAGUGGAGGUUCUGGAUGAGUUGGACCUAAAGAAGUACAGAACAUCAGAUGAGGGACGACAGAGACUGAUCCCAGCUGUGAGGAACUGCAGAAAGGCUCAAUUUUAUAGAUGUGGACUCUCACUGAGUCACUGUGAAGUUGUGGCCUCAGCGCUGAAGUCCAACCCCUCCCACCUGAAACAUCUGGACCUGAGUCUCAACGACCUGGAGGGUUCAGGAGUGAAGCAUCUGUCUGCUGGACUGGAGAGUUCAAACUGUAAACUGGAGACUCUGAGGUUGUUGAGCUGUACUUUGUCAGAGAUCAGCUGUGAUUCUCUGGUCUCAGCUCUGAAGUCCAACCCCUCCCAUCUGAAACAUCUUGACCUGAGUAGAAACAACCUGAAGGAUUCAGGAGUGAAGAAGCUGUGUGGUUUUCUGGAGAGUCCAGACUGUAGACUGGAGACUUUGAGGUCAGACUCCUUGUAUUCUUUGUGUGCUGAGAUGAAUAUAAUGAAGUUGAACUCUGAACUGCAGACAUCAGGCUGAUAUUCUACUGAUCCA